AUGUCUUCCGAGCCCUUGUCCUUUCCGGCCUUCCCGGUGUCCCAAAUAUCGAUGCCCUCUAACCCCUUAUUCGCCUCUGCCUGUGCCUUCGUCAAAAAGCACUACAGCAAAGCGGCGCUGAACCACUGCCUCCGCAGCGUCGCCUUCUCCCUUAUCUUGUUCCGCGACUUCCCACCGUUCGCAACCAACCCGGACAUCGACAGGGAAGCCGUCUUCCUUUCUCUCCUGAUGCACGACAUGGGCUGGGCAACGGACUCGUCCCUGACGUCCAAGGACAAGCGGUUCGAAGUCGACGGCGCAGAAAUCGCUCGCAACUUCAUCCGGACAAAAGCCGCCGCCGACGAGCACGGGCCAUGGGACAAACACCGCCUGCAACUGAUGUGGGACGCCAUCGCGCUGCACACGACCCCGAGCAUCGCGCACCACAAGGAACCCGAAGUCUUCGCGACCCAGCUGGCCAUCAUGGCCGAGUUCUUCGGACCCAACCUCCCCGUGCCGGGCUGGCCGAUCACGGUGGACAACUAUAAAGAGGUCCUGGCCGCGUGGCCCCGUCUCGGCUUCAAGGAGGAGAUGAGGGAGCUGUUCUGCGGGUUUUGCCGCGACAAGCCCCAGGCCACGGUCGACAACGUCGUCGGCGAGUAUGGCAAGAUCUACGGCCUGGACGGAAAAGGCGGGGGGAGGGACGAGUUCAUCAAGCUGUGCGAUGAGAACAAUAUUGUCAGGCGCUUGGAGGGCGGGUUGACGGCUCUGGAGCAAUAUGAGAAUUGA